UCACUCUCCCCUCAGUACUCCCCAUCUCCAACAAUGUCGUCACUCUCCCUCCUCCUCCUCCUCCUCCCCUUCUUCCUCCUCCACUCCUCCAUUGCAGCAACACCACCUUCAGUUCAAACCCUAAGCACAAAGCCGACCAUCUUUAACCCCAAGCUCCCUCCUCGAACCCUCUCCUCCUCCAAGAAGUUCGAGGGCUCCUCAGAUCUGGUGCAGCUCCGCUACCACAUGGGCCCCGUCCUCUCCUCCGCCCCUAUUAACAUCUACCUCAUCUGGUACGGCCGUUGGGCCUUACCCCAGAAGCUCCUCAUCAAGGACUUCCUCCACUCCAUCUCCACCACCGACCUCCGCGCCGCUCCGUCGCCCUCCGUCGCCGAGUGGUGGCGCACUGUCUCGCUCUACACCGACCAGACCGGCGCCAACGUCUCCCGCUCCGUCGUCGUCGCGGGGGAGCACGCUGACCUCAAGUACUCCCACGGCAAGCAACUCACCCGCCUCUCCGUCCAGCAGGUCAUCGCCAACGCCGUCAGAUCUGCUCCGUUCCCGGUCGACCACAAGAACGGGAUCUACCUCAUCCUGACCUCCGAGGACGUCGCCAUGCAGGACUUCUGCCGCGCCGUCUGCGGCUUCCACUACUUCACAUUCCCCUCCAUGGUGGGUUACACGCUCCCCUACGCUUGGAUCGGAAACUCCGGCAAGCAGUGCCCGGAGGUCUGCGCCUACCCGUUUGCUCUUCCCGGCUACAUGGGCGGAGGCGGUCCCGGAGCUCUGUCGCCGCCGAACAAGGACGUCGGCGUCGACGGUAUGAUCAGUGUGAUCGGGCACGAGCUGGCCGAGCUGUCGUCGAACCCUCUUGUCAAUGCCUGGUACGCCGGCGAGGACCCGACGGCGCCGACUGAGAUCGGGGACUUGUGCGAGGGGUUGUACGGAACAGGAGGCGGAGGUGGGUACAUUGGGCAGGUGAUGAGGGAUAGAGAAGGGAGGACGUUCAAUGUGAAUGGGAGGAAGGGGAGGAAGUUCUUGGUGCAGUGGCUAUGGAGCCCUGAACUGAAGGCCUGUGCUGGGCCUAAUGCUAUGGAUUAAGUUCAAAUCAUGCAUAUUGGAAAAAAAAAAAUGUAUUAUUUUUGGUUUUAGAUCUAUAGAUAGAUAGUUGGAGACCGAGGGGGCGGGGGCGGGGGCGGUGGCGGUGGCGGUGGAGGAGAAGGAUAAAGUAAGCUUUGCUUGAGCUUAUUGUAAUAUUUUUUUUUGGUAGCUAGCUAUAGGUUAGUGUAAUCUUACUAUCUUAGAUAUAAAAUUUUACAGUAUAUUAUAUGUUCAUAUGUUAUUUUGGCAAUUUGAAGGAAAUUCGUAUUCUAAUCGAAAAAAGAAGAAGAAGAGGAAAUUCGUAUUGGCAA